AAUAUAACUUUAAAUCACGUUUAGAUUAAAUUAUCGCACCACCUCAACAUUCCGUUGUAUUUAUUAAUAACACAAAAAUACAUACACAAGCGAUAAUUUUUUUCAAUUUAAUUAUCUUCGACAAACAUGAAUACAUGACUUUGACAAACGAGGUUAUGUCGCCGGUGUAUUAACAUGGAAAGGGGCGCUCCUGGGACUCUUUACGUUUUUAGAGGCAAUUACGGGCUUCCUUCGGUCGACCCCAAGUGUCUCCAACUAAUUUUUCUAUUGAGGAUCCAUGCUAAACAUAAUAUAGCGCUUAAAACUUGCCGGUUUUGCACAUACCCCCAACUACCAUAUUUAAAUAGUAAUGAAAAAAUAUAUUAUACAUUGCAGGGUAUCACAAAUGCUGUUCAUAAAAUGGUUCUUAAUGGCUGUGAUAAAACCUUUUCAACAUUAGAUAAAAGUAGAAUAUUAGCCUACAAACACCUCACGCAUAACGUGUUUAGUGAUACUUUCGAUUUACAUUUCUGGGGUUAUGAUAGAAAUAAUCAACAUUUAAUAAAACAAUACGGUGAAGGAAAACACUUCCCUUUUAGGGUGAUAUUUGCGCGUCGCAUGAACCGUCAUGUUCAACGUAUAGUCGAAGACCUAACUGAAAGAGAUACUUUAGCUGAAGUUUUAAAAGUGGGAAAUGAAGCUGUUGAUUCUUACUUAGAAGAUCUCUCGAAGUUGCUUAAAGACAAAAAAUAUCUUUUUGGGGAUAAACCAUCGUCGUUGGACGCCCUUGUUUGUGGUUAUUUAGCACCAAUUGUAAUUUUGGAGUUUCCUAAUAAAAUUUUGCAAAAUAUUGUGAAUAAUCAUAAGAAGAUCGUUAAAUAUGUUAAAAUGUUCCUACAGGAGUUUGGAGAGGAAUACGAAGGAGUGAUUCCCAGCGAGAUUCCCCAAAAAGUAGAAUCUGAAAAAGCUCCUUUAGGCACUGUAGUUAUCGCAGGAUUCAUUGCUGUCUCUGUUAUGGUAUGCUAUGGACUUAUACACGAUAUUAUUAAAGUAAAUUAAAUGGUGAUAUAUUUUUAAUCACUGCCAAUAGCACCUAAGCAUUCUUGUUUAUUAAUAAAAAAUUCCUUUACUUGA